UGGGAUGUUCUUCUUCCUCAAGCCAUUUUUCACCAAUAAUGUGUGAUGCUUCAGUAAAUAUUGCCUACGCCUUUGUAAAUUUUCUCCUGCAACAUGUAUAGUUGCAAUUAAUGGACAGAUGGACGAGCUGGACAAGUAUCUUCUCCGGGUGCCAGAUCAACCAGGCUGUGAUGGAUGUGUGGGGCAGUUGGCCUCCAGCAGCAGCAGCCUGGUUGAGCAGGCAAGCACCAGACGAGCCUAGUCCAUGGCCGGGCUCUGAGAGUAGUUUAACUCUCGAAACUCUUCAAAGGUAUAUCAUAGAUGGCGACUGUGUUGUGGACCUCUUUGGCCGCCCUGUUUAUUAGUUUGGCUCAUGCAAGACUUGUGUUCCCUCCAGGAACUGACAUGGGUUAUAUUGUUCCAGAUGAUCCUGGACCUCGAAAAUUCGAAGAUGAUACAAACUGGUUGAAUGAGAUAGAUGCUGACGUUUAUGACCAACCUGUGCUACAGAGAGGUGAACGAGAGAUACUUAAUGACAUUGAAUCUGCACUUUGGAAGACUGUUGAAGAUCGUGCAAGACAAGAGGAAGCACGAAGUGCUGGGGAGGAUGAAACUGACGUUCAAGUGGAGCCCAUUGAGAACUGGCAUGGCCGAUGGUUUCCUCAUCCUCCUGAGGAGUUAACCAGAAAAGGGAAUAUUCCAGCUGACCUGCCAGACUAUUUAAAGGAUGAUAAACAUGGAGUUGUAAUGGGAAUUCCUAGUUCAAUGUGUGAUAAUGGCAAGGUUAACCUAACAGUAGACUGGAACUUCUCUCCCAUCAACUACACGUGUUUUGACCCCAAGCACCAUCGAAUACCAGUCCAAGAUAGUCUGCCUUCAGUAGAAAAAUGUGUUUAUGUACCACAGAAUUACACUCCUGAACACAUCUGCAUGAAUCGUGAAAUUAUGUAUAACACGAGCUUGCCAACGUUUGGACCACAUCGCCCCAUUUGGCCUGUUUUUGGAGAAUAUAAAUUUGUACCCGUUCAGAGAUGGCUUCACAAUAUAGAGCAUGGAGCAGUAGUCAUGUUGUAUGAUCCCUGCACAGAACCUCUUGUGGUACACAGACUUCGUAAGUUGGUUACUGGGUGCAUACGGAAGCACAUCAUCACCCCAUAUACAUUUCUGUCUAAAGAACGACCUUUAGCCUUAAUAGCUUGGGGCUGCAGCCUGGAAAUGUCUACUGUUGAUGAGAAGGAAGUUAAGACUUUCAUAAAGAAGUAUGGACUCCAUGGACCUGAAGGAAACUACACCAAAGAUGGAGGCUAUAAGGAAGGGCUCAUUAGAAAAGCCAAAUAUCCUCCAGGAUCAGGAGAAAAGGACUCUAAUCUUUGUCCAUCGUAAAUCUUCUGCAUCUGAAAUGUCGGUUUCCAACCUUAAUCUUACUCAUUACUAGAUUUCAUGCUGCUUUGCAUUUAAAUUGCAAAUCACAAAAUUACUGUCUUGAUUUUAAAAAAAUCUUAAGUAUUGCAGUAAUUUAACAUUCUGGCACGUUGAUUUCAUGUUUGUAAUAUUUUUGUGUUAGAGUAUAAUAGUAAAAAUUUCCCCUUUUUAUUGAAAUUUUGAAAAAUAUCAAUUAAUGGUUCUUUAAGAAGCAGAUUUUGGGAAAUGCUCAUUGGUUAGUUUAGUUUUUAUUAAAUGAUGUUUAAUGAUAUGUAUAUCAGAGGCCCUGUUGAGGGUGAGCAUUGAUGUGACAACAAGCAUAGAGAUGAAAUCUUGAUGAGAUGUGUCUUGAGUUGAAAAGAAAGUGCCAGAGUUUCACCAACAUCUAGGUGAAAUGAUGGGAAAUUGAGGGCUUAUUGAUAGGCAGGUCAUAGCCUUGGCAAGUGUGCAGGGAACUUGUCUGGUGUAUGAAGAGGUGAUCAGUGUAAUCUCAUGGAGGAGGCAGGUUCUCAGGUUUUCAUUGCUGUUCUUUUGGCAUAGUGGGCUAGAUGGCAAUGGUUGGGAACCAUUUUAGUUUUGAGAAGGUCUUGGUGUCCAAGAGACCUCAUAUGAUUACAUAAUCACUGUGCAGUACUUUGCUUAUAAGUUGUGCAACACAUGUUCUGUUUUGCUAGUAUUUACCCUGUUCAAAAAAUGAAUUGUUCAAUUUCAGAGUUUUGCACAGACUUGUAUUAAUUGGUGAACUGUAAUAUAUAGUACUCUAGCUGAUUAUUGAAUGAACAUGUCCGCUUCGUCAUUGCCAGUUAUUACUUCAACAGGUGGGCCAGCAACUUCUGCUGCUGGAGGUUGAUUGCAGGUGUUGGGGUUACUUGAAUGCUGAGCUGAAACUUAGCAGUUUUGAUUGCAAGUUCUUCAGGGGACUGGAUAUUUUCUGGGAUCAUCAUCUUGGGGAGGUUGAAUAAGUGGAACAUUGACUAAUUUUUAUGUUGAAAGUUACUGUGUAAAUUUCAUUUUUCAGCUGGGCAUUGACUAGGCAUGUUUGUAUCCUGCGUAGUGUGCUACCUUUGGAACAUUGGUGCUGGGUCACUUUACAUAGACCAAGCAUGUUUGUAUCCCUAGUGGUGUGCUAUCUUGAAACACAUUCUGGGUCAGUUGCAGUCAGUGUUGGCAUGUAGAUUAGCUGUUGGGUGACUUGUUGGAUUUUGUCUGCCUGAACUUGAGUUGUACCUUUAUAGGUGAUGGUCUUAGUGUUAAGUUUUUUCUAUUUUUAUUAUUGAUUACCCCCCUUUCUCAAGGGACUCUAGUAUCUAGGUUGUGAUGAUCAUCCCUUACAGUUGAGGUAUUGUGGUGAUCCUGAAGGUGUAGCCUUUCUUGGCACACUCGAGGCAAAACUUUUUGUUUUUCAAAGGACAGUCUUUUAUAGUGAUUGUGGUCAUAGCAGUUCUGGCUAGGAGUUGUAUGAUGGUACUGGUUUUAUUCAGUGUCCUGUGGAUUGAUGUGGUAACAUGAGAUCUUUAAACCAUUUUGUAUGACUCAUUUUAUCAUUGAUACUCUUUCAGGUCUAACCUUGAUCAUUUAGGCAAUGUUGGGUAGUAUGGUGAUUUCACUGAUUUUUGGCCCAUGACUUCAGUCUCAUGUUUAUGGUAACUUGUUGAUAUUUUGGUGAGCUCUCAGCCCAGUGUUUUGAUGAAUACUGAUCUCCUGGGUAUCAGGGUGAGAUGUAGAGCUACUUUCAUGUCUUCAUCUUUUAGCAAGCUCACUGCUGAAGUUGGUAUAAUUUUGUCAGCAUUUGAAGGACUCCUUUGUUCCUAUCAGGUUUGAGAAUUUGAUGCGUAGAUUAAUCUGUUGGUGCUUAUUCAGUUAGGUCAGCUGUACUGCCUCUGGACCCUGAUGGGUUUAGCACGUUGUUGUAAUUCAAAAAAUAAUAAUGUACUGCCUGUGAGAGACUGCUCUUGACACAGUGGGUGAUUCCAUCCCGCAUGGAGAUUCGAGAAGAGCCAGUUCAGUUUUUUCAUAUAUAGUGGUACCUUGACUUAUGAAUAUAAUUCGUUACGUGACCCAGCUCAUAACUCAAUUUGCUCGUAUAUCAAGUCAAUUUUCCUCAAUGAAAUUAAUUGAAAUGCCGUUAAUCUAUUCCAGCCCCCAAAAGACCACCCCAAUUUUUUUGUUACAGGUUUUUAAAUAAAAAAAAGUGUGUAUAAAUAACAAAUGAUUUUUCCUUUUUUGUCGAUAGAGACAGCCAGAGCAGAUCAGCCAGCCAGCCAGCUGGCCUGCUGAACGUGCAUUACACAUGUUCCAGAAUUAUUUCUCUUAGGGCAUACGUUAUAGAACAUUCUGGCAGGAUGACACUACCAGUGGUAUCAAAAUUGGAAGGCUGUUACACAUUGGUUAUUAUGAGGUUUUUGAUAUUUCCUCUCUCCUGCAAGUGGCGGCGUAUCUGAAGCUUGCUCGUGACUCGUAUUUUGGCUUGCAACUCAAAGCAAAAAAUCGACUGAGUGAUGGCUUGUAACUCGGAAAACUUGUAAGUUGGGGCACUUGUAAGUCAAGGUACCACUGUACACAUUGAAAGCUGUGAUUUAAUAAAAAAAUUAAAGUUUUGAAACAAAGUACAGCACAUGUAAUUUAGAUAAGGAUUUAUGUUUUGUAAUAAAUAACUAUUAAAUUAUUACCUGAAGAGAAUCUCUUCCAUAUUUGUUAAUACUGAAUUAUAAAUUUAUUAAUAUAUUUUCAGUCAGACUGUAUUCUCGUAAUUCGCAUUAUAGAGUAUACAUGUAUAUAUAUAUAUGCAUAUAUAUUAAUAUCUGUGAUAAUGUUUAUAUGAAUAUUAUUUUGAAUAGUUAGAGUAAUGAUUUUUAGAUCUGACAUUUGGACCAAGGCCUGAUAAGUUUGGGUUAUCACCUUAGUUCACUGCCAUAAACAUACAGCGCUUGUAAGUUUUUUCAGACAUUUGCUUUAUUUUGAUAGUUUUACAUUGUAUUAAAAUAGAAAAUAUUGAACUUCAUUAGAAAAAGUUUAUUUUGUCAGUUUUAAGCAAUUUUUAUAAUUGUUUAAUUAUUAUUAAUACAGUCUGCAACAUCUGGCCUGGCUUCAGCAACAAUGCUAGGUGGUAUGUUAACGCAUCAGAUUGACAAGCCAGUGUUACCAGCAAUUUAGCAGGGAAGUGUUAGUUUAGUAAACUGCCAAAUGGAAACUAACUGUACAGUACUGUGAUGAACAAUACACAAAUAACGUGGCACAUAGAACAGUGAAACUUAUGAUGUAGUUUCGGUCUGACUUAGAUCAUUAACUAGUCACACCAAGUUGGACCGAAACAUCAUAAGUUUCAUUCCCCUACGUGUACAUUAUUUGUGUAUUCUCAUUUCGUACUGAGAGAGAAAAUCGAAAUAUGGCUCCUGUUUGUACAGCUUGGCACAACUUGGCCAACAGCCUGAAGUUGUGGAUAGGUCUUGAAUUUCGUUUCAAAGAUGAAGCAGAUACUGAGAUACGAGAGAUUAAUGAGAGCACCACCAUUCUCAUUCUUGAGAUGUAGCAGCGUCUUUGUUCUCAUCCUUGAGAUGUGCUAUCAAGAAGAUAGAAUUCCUGCUUCAGGUUUCUGCCACUUGUAACAAACUAAAGAAUUUCUUGAUCACACAUGAUGACAGUUUGUUAUUCAGUUUUAUAAGUUUUUGGUAAAGCCUAGUCCCAAUAUCCUCAAGAAAUUAUCAUCUGAAAGUUUUCAUGAGUGUCAAUGUUUCUCUUAUCUGGGCUGUGCAAUUUUACCAAAUGGCAUGUAAUGCUGUCCCCAGCUUAAUUCAAAGGAAAGGCAAAGUCUUAUUCUUGCAUUGAUGUAUAUUAGGUCCAGCAGCAACACUUGUACAAUAUGCAGAGCAAGAAUGACUAUGUAGUGAAAUCCACACCAGAGGAUUAAGGCCUGACUUGAAUUACUUCAUCAGCCUACUUUGCUGGACACUGUUUCACAAAAAGUAAGGUAUUAAGUCCAGCUGCGCAACUCCCUUUAGAACUACACACAUGGGAUACACUGGCACUUGACAGCCCAAAUAAAGGUACUGUAUGUUAUGUACUUUGGCUAAAAGCUGCUCUAAUUUUAAGAGGUAGUGAUAGCAACACCCACAUCCUGUCUUAAUAUUUUAACACUCCUUUAUUUCUUAUGAAUCAAAAAUUGCAGUACUGUACUGUGUGGAUAGAGCAUUUCACAACUUGCAGUUUUAUUAUUUUCUAUGAGGCUCCAGCACGUCUUCAUCUCCAUUUCCAGUUAGUGGGUUGUAAAUUCGUAACUUAUGGUUUACUUUGUCUCUAAUUGGCUGUAUUACACUUCUCUACAUAGUUUUCCUUAGCAAAAUUCUGCUGAAAUUCUUAGAAUCCACCUUCCUGCAGCUACCUUUGCAAUAAUAGUAUGAAAUAUUUCUGAAAUGGCCAUAAUGCAGAGAUUGUUGGAGGGAUUUAGAAGGGUGUGUUGAAAGUUAGAAGUGGGCAUAGAAAAGAGUAGUGAAAGAUUGGAUGUCAUACUGGAGGAAGUACAGAAGAAGUGAUUGUAUUGUAUUUAGAUAUUAGGGUGAAUUUUGGCAAAUGGGUGCAUGAAAGAUGUGGUCAUUUAUGCAAUAGAUAAAAAAAAGGAGAGACUAGAGUGUUGAGAUCUGGUAAAAAAAAAAUAAUUUGUUAUUGGAUGUUAAAAAAAAGAAGUUGAUGUGUCACGGGUUGGUGGUACCAACACAUUUUGGAAGGUGAAUGGCAUGGUACUGCUGUCACGUAGUAGGUGAAGGCAUGUUUAAGGUCAUUGCAGAGAGAAUAUAGUACAGGAAAUAGAGUGAAGAAAUUUUAAGACAGUGGGGGUUGAAUAAAAGAUAAUUCAUGGAGCAAAAAAAGAUUUGUGGAGAUGGUGUGGUCAUUUAGUAUUAUAAUUAUGAGAUGGAAGGUAUUCAGGCUCAAUUCAGGGAUCCGGAGCACAGAUCCAAUUCCCUAGAGCAAGAGCCCUUCACCAGCGUCAAGGAACCUCCCUUGAGGUGGGUCAUUUAGUAGAAAGGUUGGAGCAAGGUAGGCUAACCAAGAGGGUGUAUAACCCUGAUGUGGAUGAAGGGAGGUGUUGGGGUUGGGGCAGAGGAAUGAUGUGAAAGUUGUUUUGUGGUGUCCAAUUGUGUGGAUGCCUCCACUUGCAAACCAGUUGACUACCCUGUGUGUUCAUCUUCACUACAUUGCAUUAUUUUGCAUUUGUGCUAAUCUACCAUGGUUGUGAAGUAUUAGAGUUCAACACUUUUUCCCAGAAAACUGUAUACAAAACUGAGUGGUUGGUUACCCGAAGGUUGGGCUCUGACAAGUUUUACUGUAUGCAGGUAUAGUACAGGUAUUUGUUUUAUAUAUAUAUACUGUAUAUACAUAUAUAUUUUAUAUAUGAAUAGGCUAUAUGUAGGUAGAUCUUAAUUCUUCCUGGGCUUUUAAGUGAUAUGUUAUUGAAAAUGUUUUUAAUUUAAAAUUUCUAAGAGAGGUUUUGAUAGUAUAUUCCUUACGUGCACAUUAUUUUAUGGAAGACAAAGAAUUUAACUAGAGUUUUUCCUAAAAUGUUCACCAUUUUGAGGAAAUUGUUGGUCUGAUUUUAAUUUAAUUUUUUUGCAUAAACAUUUAGUGUGAGGGGCACCAAAUAUAUGCCCUCACACUAAAAUUAAUGCUUUAUCAGAAAAUUGCAAGAUUGUUUUUAAUAUUUAAUUUGUUAUAUGAAGUUAGCCUUUCAGACCUUGGUUCUAAGAUCCUUCCUACUCCUAUUCUUCAUAAGGUAUUUAGUACUAGGGAUUAUACCUUUAAUGUGUAAGAACUGAUGUGGGUAAUCAGAGAAAGAAGAAUUUUGAAAUAUACACAAGAGAA